CUCCAGAGAAUAUCAUCGGCAACAGCGAGGGGAGGAGGGAGAGUGGAGGCGAGGAACAGGAGUCCAUGCUUACAUCACAACUCCCAACACAUAGAUGACUACAUUAAAUACAUACAAGUUUAGCAGCAUGGGGGUGUGAGGACCUCUGCUAGCCGCCUUCAAGUCAUUCAGGAGCUUUUGUCAGCCGCGAACAUAAAGUACUGGGGGAGACCUCAGUGUGCUCGAGGGACGGACAGCCGGGGACUCCGGGCUGCGGCAGCUGCGAGUGGACGCAUGGAUGGAUGGAGGGGUAAAAGGGGCAUGCAGGAGUAACCACGGCAACAUUGCCAGGUGCGAGGACACAGGGACUCUGCAAGGAUGGGAUCUCAGCCAAAGCCCCCGAACCUGCUGCAGGAGGAGGGCGGGCUGCUGAACGCUGCCUUGGUAGAGCAGGAGGAGGACGAGGAGGGCUCCGCUGACAGCAGCAGCGACAGCCACAGCCGGGCAGAGCCGGCGACGGUGCCCACCUUUGACGUCCCCUAUUUCCGCUACAUCGACGACGAGGGAACCGAAGGAGACGAGGAAUGGAGCAGCAGCCGCUCUCUGUCCUCUAUCGAGGAGGACUCGUCCACUGACUCUGUUGUGUCUGACAGGUAUGUGGUUGUAUCAGGGACCCCGGAGAAGAUCCUGGAGCACUUGCUCGAUGACCUGACACUGGAUGACGACCAAGGGACAACACCCAGCAAAGAGUCAGAUAUUCUCGUGGAUGAUUUCCUGCUGACCUACCCUGUUUUCAUGUCCACCAGUGAUUUAUGCCAAGCUCUGCUGGGGCACUAUUGCACCAAGAGAUACAGAGGCAAAGAGGACAGGAAAGAGGCUCUGGAGAGGAAACGGAAAGUCCUGCACCUGGUCUCACAAUGGAUGGCCCUGUGCAAAGGCUUCCUGAGGGAGGACGAGCAUGUCAAACUGUUCACAAAGACUUUGUAUCGUUACGUGUUGGAUGAUCUCUAUGAGCACCCAUUCCUGGAGAAGGAUGUGAGCGAACUACAGAAACUGUACCAGCUGCAUCGCCGACAUGCGGUGGAUGAAUGUUCUCCCCACAGAAAGGGCAAAGCACUUUUCCACCAGUUGAGUUUGAAAGAGCACAGCCUCCAGUCCAGAGGUACGCCGAGGGAGACCAGGGCAGCGCUGUGUCACGUGUACGUUACCAUGGACUCGUUCCUAAGCAUGAGGGCCCAUUCAGGGAUGGUGGCCGAGGAGCUGCUGCAGGCAGUGGCAGAAAGGAUGGAGGUCCCAUUGGAGAAACUAGUGCUACUGGCUGUCACUUACAACGGAGGUAGACACCUCCUGCAGCCUCAGGACAGAGUCCUGUCCGAUUCCUUACGACCGGUUGGUAGACUGCAUGUGUGCAGAAAGGGGCUGGGUGAGGUCUUGAACCCGUUCACAGACAACUCAGAGCUGCCACAGAGAACGGCCCGCAUGCUCAGUAUAAACACAUGGGACGUGGCCGUUGCGCUCACCGACUUUGACUGGACCAUCUUUCAAUCAAUACACGAGCAAGAACUCGUCUAUUUCACCUUCAGCCGCCACGGCAGCAACAGCCACACUGUGGCGUUGGAGCUGCUGCUGCAGCGUUGCAAUGAAGUCCAGCAAUGGGUGAUGACUGAGGUGCUGCUGUGCUCAACGCUCGGCAAAAGGGUCCAACUCAUCAAGAAGUUCAUCAAGAUCGCCGCCCACUGUAAAGCACAGAGGAAUCUCAACUGUUUCUUUGCCAUUAUCAUGGGUCUGAACACUGCAGCCGUUAGCCGCCUCGGUCAAACGUGGGAGAAAAUCCCAGGGAAAUUCAAAAGGCUGUUUGCGGAGCUGGAAACGAUUACAGAUCCCUCGCUGAACCACAAGGCCUACAGGGACUCUUUCAAGAAGAUGAAGGCACCAAAGAUCCCAUUCCCUCCUCUGCUCCUGAAAGAUAUUACGUUCAUUCAUGAAGGCAACAAGACGUUUCACGACAACAUGGUCAAUUUCGAGAAGCUGCACAUGAUAGCAGACACACUGCGUCUCAUCCGGCAGUGUCAGAAAGAUCACAUGGGUAACGGCAUCACCCAGAAGAGCAGCUCAGAAGUGCGAGCCUACGUCGAUUACCUGCAUAUCAUCGACAAUCAGCAGACUCUGUUUGAACUGUCACACAGGCUGGAGCCUCGUGCUUAGAGGGCCUGUGUCCGCCGUACUGUUGGACCGCCGAGAACACAAUCUGUCACUGUCUCAUCGAGCUCUCAGGACUCACUCGGCAAUCAGAGGACGCUGCAUGAUCCCGGGCGACCACAGGAGGGAGCCGCGCAAUCAGGAAACGCUCACCAGGGCACGGGGGAAGGAGCAGAAAAGGGUCAGAUGCAUAAGCGUUUGCAUAGAUUCACACAAGUGUCAGUGGUACAAAACACCUGAAAGCUGAUCGUUCCUUUUGUUAACUGGCGGUAAGAAGAAAACUGGAUGUCUACAUCCGCAGAUCCAAACCUGUGGCGGCCUUCACUGUGCUGUCGCAGAGGUUUUCUUACAAUGAUGCAACAGCUCUCCCCUGCGGAGAAUGAGCCCACUGCAGCAAGAGAUUGACAGCAGGUAAAUGCUCCCCCCCCCCACCUAAUAUAAACCUACAGGAAAUGAAUGGUGAUACUAACAAAGUGUUGGCCAUGGAAGUUCAUUUCUGACCUUGACGACAGUAUGUUUUAUUUGAAGAAGGUCAGCGCAGACAUCUUUCCCCAGAUUUUAACCACAUAAAUCACAUGAAGGGAUUGAGAUGCAGAUUAACCCGGGAAACAAUACAACUUUUUGUAUUUGUGGGGCUGGGAUAUGUGGCAGCUGGGGUUGUUUCAUUAGAGUCAACCAAAGUACAAAGUACAUUGCUCCUGUAUAUUAUAAAUACACCUGUCUUUAGAGUGUGACAAGGUCCAACACAACUUCCUCAGCACGGUGUUCGCAAGACAGCUGAAUCCCAGAAAAGUAAAAAGGAUUGUUAAAUAUUUAACAUUGUUAUAUAUUAUAUUGAUUUUCUAUUUUUACAUAGCAGACUCCUCGUACCGUAUAGAUUUCUAUUGUUUAACCAUGAAGUCUAUUAGAUGAGGAAAUUCAUUAGAGCGUUGCAAAAGGUGUAUCCUGUCUUAGUUGUAAUCAACCUGUUAGUCCCGAACAACAAAAAAAGAAAUGCCCAUUCUAAAUAAUUCUAAUUGCUCAUCCUUUUAAAAGCAUAAGGAUCUCCAUCUAGUUGAGCUGUGGACAAUCAGUUAAAAGGAAGCAGGAGACACAUAAUCAGUAUUGGUCUCUAAAGUUCAGGUACAAAGACAAGGCAUUUUGUCACCCAGAUCGUGUUUGAUUAGUUGAGGUUUGGAGGUAUUCUACUCCACCAGAGAUUAGCAUUUGAAAAACUUGGCAACAGCAUGUUUAAAAAAAAAAAAAAAAAACUAAGACCUGGUGACUCACAAACAGCUACGAUGCUGCUAAGCUAAGCUCCAUCUUUAUCCUCAGUAGAUGUAUGAAAUAUUGAUAUUGAAGAGGAAAAAUAAGUUGUAGUGUGCUUGGAGUAAAGUGUUUUAUAAAGUAAAGUGCAAUAGAGAAAACAAGUAUUAAAGCACCUUCUACAGAAAAUGAAAGAAAGAAAAAUGAAGGCCAUUUGAUAAUGUAAAGGGUGCAUCCACAAUCCUGUAUUCAACUGUAUAGUUUGUAGUUAUAGAAGAUGCAGUACAAAAUGUAUUCUUCGUGUAGGUUCGUCAACUGAAAACGUUCACUUUGCCCUGAGUUUAGAAGACGUGCAAAUAGAAUUUUGAUAUCCAUAUGAAUAUAAUUUCUAUAUUUUGGAUUUUAAAGCCUGAAUAUGAACAUAAUGAAAAAUGCUUUGAUAGACAGAUAUUAAUUAUCAACAUUCUAUUUACACUUUGUAUGUACAUAUGUAUGUGUGUGUCAAAAUUCAGAGAUUAUUAAUUUAUUUCAGAAUUAUUUAUUUGUUCUUCAGUAAUCGCUUUAUUACUUCAGUUUGAUUUAACGAUUUUUGUACACACCAGUUGGCUGGUCUGCAUGAUAUGGAAAACCGUGGAUUGACCAGCAGUGUCAACUGUGCAUGCAAUAAAAUAUCUUCCAUCA